GCCAAACUUGUGAAAUGGACACAUUGCUGAUAUAAACACAUCCUCCCACGGAUAACUUUUGGAUGUCUCUUUGAACUUAGGGCAGCGCACAUGUUUUUCUUCCGGGGGCGUCCAUCACUCACCGGGUAACCAAACUACACCCAUCUCAGGCUACUCCAUUGGCGGCAAUAUACCUACCUACACCAUGAUAGGUAUAUCCGCCUGGGACUACGUUUACAUCCGAACAUGCAUAUUCCUCCUGCACCUCAUUGCACCCCUUAGCGUUAUCUAUUCGCUCGUCAGCUGCUUAAUCCAUCCCCCGUUCCAUGUCCCCCAUGUGCUAGAGGUGUGGCUCAAUCUCGAGGCAAUAUUCUACCUUGUCGUCUUUCUCCCGCGCAAAAUUUACCUCCAGACAGUCGUGACACAUCCCACAGCCGACCGUGACGAUCGCCGGAGGUUGUUCUUGCGCUGCCACAGCAAUAUCCCGGAUCCGGACCGGUAUUUAACGAAAUGGUUCCGGGAUGCGCCGGUAGCAGAGAUUAAACGGGAGAACGUUAAAGACUUCUUCCGAUGGGCGUUCCUAAACACUGGCGAACCUGAUCCGGCAUAUGACGAGGAGCUGGAGGAGUAUGUUGGAGAGAUGGAGAAGUUGUUGGGGAGGAAGCUGGAACCUGGCCGCGGUGAUGCGCAGUGCCUUAGACUAACGCUUGAUAAGGUCGAGAUGUUACAUAGAAGUUUGAUAUGGUAUCUGUGUGUUUUUAUUGUCGAUACGUUAGCAUCCAUCUAUUUGCGCUUCUACUCCUUCGACUUCCACCGCACGUCAUUGUUACAGUUUCUCGCCGUCUUCCCCACGCGCCUCCUCAAUCUCUUCAACGCCUAUCGUUCCCCUGCCAGAGCUCUCACUUACUGGUACCGGCCGCAUACUUCCAAGGCCAGGCUCCCCGUGUUAUUUAUACACGGUAUCGGUGUUGGCCUCUACAUGUAUAUACCAUUUUUGGCCGACCUUAAUGCCCAAGACAGCAAGGACCCGUCGGAUGGGCAGGUUGGGAUCAUCGCUAUAGAAAUUAUGCCAAUUAGCUCUCGGAUAACACCUGAGGCAAUGUUAAAGGAUGAGAUGUGCGAGGAGGUUCAUUGCAUUUUAAAGGCACAUGGGUGGGAAAGAUUUACACUAGUGUCACACUCCUACGGAAGCGUGGUUGCUACGCAUCUCCUCCACAAGCCAAAGAUCGCAAGCAAGAUCGGGCCGAUCUUGUUCGUUGAUCCUGUGUCAUUCCUGCUCCAUCUCCCCGAUGUAGCAUAUAAUUUUAUCUGCCGGAAGCCGACCAACGCUAGCGAACACCUGCUCUCUUACUUUGGCGCCAAGGACAUGGGCGUCGCGCACACGCUAUUCCGACGUUUCAUAUGGUCUGAUAAUGUCUUGUGGAAGGAAGACAUCCAGCACCAUCGCGUGGCUGUUGUGCUGGCCGGCAGAGACAUAAUCGUGGACACGAGCACAGUUAUGGCGUAUCUGACGGGCACAGAUGACUGGUCCCUGGAGACCGAAGGCUGGGAGAAUGGAAUUUGGAAAGGUGAUGACGGGCUGGAUGUGCUGUGGUUUCAAGAUUUAGAUCACGGAGAGGUCUUUAGCCGGAGGGGGACGAGAAAGAGGUUGGUAGAUAUCGUUAGAAGAUUCACUGCGGACGAAUAGUCGUUUGUAGUUAGUCCAGUAGCGGCAGCGACCCCAAAUAUUUCACACUUGGUGAUUUCGAUUCUUGCAGUCUUACACUGGUGGGGGUGGGACAAGAGACAUAGUCACCCAUCUGGGGGGGUUCCAUCCACCACUCCAACUCUUAACAAUCGCGACGGUCGGAAGUAGAUUUUCUAACAAGAUACAAAGCCAGGGGAGAUGCUGAGCUCGAAUUUCGAUACAAAUGCU